AUGGUUUCUCAUAUUGCCCUUCUUGUAGUUAUGACAAUUAGGUUCAAGUAUUUCUUAUCUAUAGAACAACCUGUCCAAAUGUUCCUAAGUGGGGACGUUAUAUUUAUUUCAGGAAAAUUUGUUAUUGAAGAUUCUGAACUAUGUUUCAUUGUAGCAUAUUUGAGCAUUGUUGAUAAUAACAACCCCAACUGUGAAUUUGAUACAACCAAUGUUCCUUUGUGUAUACCUUAUUGCAUAUAUUCUGUGGUUGUCAAUCAAAUGCUGAGAAAAGUUGAUAAGUUUAUCCACUUUGGUGCAGAGACUAUUGAGUAUAAUUCAGUUACUGGUUCAAAUACUUGGGCCCUCUGGGUUCAAGCAACCAAUAUUGAUUAUAUAAAAACUCCAACCAUUAGCAUUAACUCAUCUAAAAGCUCUUCAUUGAGUGCAUCAGGAGUACCAACAAUUAUUAAUAUUUUUAAUAAAAGUAUUAAUUCUGCUUUUACUGAGUCAUCUAAAAAAAAUAUUGAAGCAUCUAAUCCUUCUUCAGCCAUCAUUGUUUAUGAUCAUAUUGAUUUAGAUCCCCCGGUUAUAGAAAUUAAAUCUGAUAAUAAUGAUGAGGCUUUAGAGGAUAAAAGUGAUGAACAGGAAGAAGAACUUUAA